CAAUCCCAAUCCCAUCUCCGUUUCGUAUUUAUUCCAUUUCCCCCCUCAUCACAUAUCACUCAUCACUCCUCCAUUUCCAAAUUCUAAUUUUCUAUGCCAAAUUCUCGCUCUCAAAUCUCAUCGUCCAUGGAUUUGGAUUCCAAGGAAUUCGACCUCUCUUCCCCUUCUUCUUCGCCCUUCUCCCACAGAUGGUGGUCCAAGAACACGGUGGCCGUCGUCACCGGAGCCAAUAAGGGGAUCGGAUUUGCCCUAGUCAGGAGAUUAGCGCAAUUGGAACUCACCGUCAUUUUAACAGCCAGGGAUCAAGAAAGAGGAUUCAACGCCGUCCAGACCCUGCGAAAUGAAGGACUCCCCGUUCUCUUCCGCCGCCUCGAUGUUUCCGAUCCCCUCUCCAUCGCCUCCUUCGCCGCCUGGUUCACCGCCAAUUUUCAAGCCCUCGACAUUCUCGUGACUGGCCAAGCGCUUCGCCCAGUUUGGGACUAGUGUGAGCGUCAACAGCUUCUGCCCUGGCUUCACCCAGACCUCCAUGACUCGUGGGAAGGGCACCCACACCGCCGAAGCCGCCGCCGCCGUCGGAGCUCGCCUCGCCUUGCUGCCUCCCCACCGCCUCCCCACCGGCCACUUCUUCUCCUGGGGCCCCAACUAUGAUGUACCCAAAAACUCCAGAUUAUAAUUUACCAUUAUUAUUAUUAUUAUUUAUCCGAUUAUCUAAUCUCUCUCUUCCAUCAUCUUUAUAAUCUGCCUUUGCUGUCUCUCUGUGUUGGCCGUUGGGGUGUGAAAUAAUAUCAAGCUAUAAUAUCCAACCACCAUUACUUUCUAUCAUAUUUUUAAAAACUUUUAUUUCAA